AACCCGGAUGCUUGAUGUCAAUAAAAAUGGAAAAAAGCAUAGUUUGGAUUCUUUUAUUAUUACAACUCUUAGCUGCCUUUAGUGUUUCGGCAGAAUACGAUCCUAAAUGUGAAGAAGUCGAAGAAUUUAAAGAUCGUUAUUUUGGUGAUUUAGAAGUAGAUCAAGAUUUACACGAUAAUAAUAAGCUAUUAUCCAUCAAUAUUCAAUUCAACCACCCUAGCUACGUUAAAAGUUGGACUGUGAAAGGUAGAGAUGGUCCUAAUGAAGGACCAAUUCAUAAUCGAAGUGGACUAAUAUUAAAAUAUACUGUGGAGUAUGGGAACCAAGAAGGAGACUGGGUUCCAGUAGGACCAAGUGAAAAUAACCACGAAUUUAUGAACGAUGGUAACUUGGCUAAACCAAAUUUUGAAACGAAAGUGUCCUUUGAAGAACCUAUCAAGACUAAAGCAUUAAGAUUCUUCCCACAGUUAUGGGAUGGGGCCCCAUAUAUGGCUGUAAAUGUUAUAUAUUGUGUAGAUGAAAACGAUCACUCACAAUGGAAAGAGAUGCAGAUCAAUACAAAUUUAAUCCUAGAAGCACUGAAGAAAGUGGACCGGAAUAAGAAAAAAGCCAAGGUAAAAGCGGCAAAUAUAAAGGCUGGAGAGGACCUGGAGAAUGAGAGUGAAGAAGAAAAUGCACAAAAUCAUUAUACUGAAGAGAAUGCAGAUGAAGCAGACGUAAAUGAAGCAAAUGAAGAUUAUGUUGAAGAAUAUGUUGAAGAAGAUGCCGAAGAAGAUACUGAAGAAGACGAGGAAGAUGAUGAUGAAGAAGAGGAUAUUGAGGUAGAAGACAAUCGAAGAUGUCAGACGAGCGUUGUGUGGAGAUAUAACGGAGAGAGGGAAAUCGCAGAUAGGUUCAGCUCCUCUUCUGGUAGUUCGACAGCUUACAGACUUACACUCGCAAAUCUAGAGAAUCCUUUUCUCUUUCUGGCACAUGACAAACGAGAAUACGCUCAGGUUAAGUUUGCCGCACCCUCCCGUGUAAUGAUGCUAAGAACAGUUGGUAAAAGUGACUCUGGAGAUUGGGGACUUGUCACUCAAUUCUCUCUAUUUUAUCGGAAUGAUAUUGAUGAGAAGUGGAGAUAUUAUACAGAUACAGAUGGCAACAGGCGGUUGUUUGAUACCAAAGUCAGAGACAAAAUAUCUGCAAUGGUACCAGAGGAGUUCAGACUACCAAGGCCAAUAGUUGCCAAAAUAAUUCGUCUGUAUCCACAUAAAUGGUCUGGUAAACCAUAUCUGUCACUCGACGUAAAGGCCUGUUAUCUGAGUGACCCUUAUCCAGAAUUCAAAUACUGUUCUGACAGUCUACUGUCUCAAGAUGAUUCACUUCUGUUGAUUAGUUUUGACAAUCUAGAACGUAUGGGCGAAUUGGCCAACUAUCAGAAGUACAGGACACUCGAAUUGGAGGGUAUUGAAGACGAGUCUUUGGUGACUGGUGUGAAGGUCCGCAUAAUGACUGAUGACGCAUCUCGUGAUUUUGUUAAGAGCUUUGCCAUGCAGUAUUUUAAUGAAGAGGAUGAAUGGAAGAAUGUUGUGGAUGACGAUGGAAUUAUUAAGAUAUUUCAUGCUUACGCUGAAGAAUCAGAAGAAUCAGAAGAUACUGCUAUCCUGAAAUUUUCUGACCCUGUAGAGACAGGAUUUCUAAGAGUUUAUCCAGAAUCUUGGACUGGUUCGAAACCUGUUCUGUUUAUUGACGUUUUAGGCUGUACAGACUUUUAGUUACAACAGUUUUAACAACUAUCUGUGAUAACUUCUUAAUUAUUUUAUCUGCAAUUUGGUUCUUUUUUAAAUGUAUGCAUGUUGAAAUGCAUGUUCAACCUGAUGAAACUGCCUUUCUAUGGAAUUAUUUACACUCUUCUUUUCUGCACUUGAAUACCAUAAUACUUAAUAUAAUAAAAUUACAAUAAAUAUUUUCUAUUACAUUUUUCAUUUUCACUUUUUUUAUUGGACAAUUACUGAUAAAUUAUGAAAAAAUAAAAAUGUAAAAAUUG